CGAUCGUAGUAUUUCUCCUCAUUUCAAAUCCCUGUCGUGGCAGCCCGGCCAGAGCACUUUUUCUCCCCCCUUCGCAACCAAGGGGGAAAACCAAGACCAAAAGCUCAGUGCAUGUCCUAAAUAGCAGAAGGGGGACUUUGGAGGAAGGAAACAUUAGUUUGAAGGCACGCGGCGGAGGUAUCGGUUCACUGUGGGCACUCGUGUCUCUACACUGGAUACGCGAACCAGUGGAUUUCCACUUCUCGGGAUCCUCCAAAUCAGCGUCAAACCCCGCCAAACAUUCACAAGAACCUGUGAAGCUGAACAGGAGCGUGCGUGCUUUUUAAAUCGCUGAAGUCAGCAGUGAGGUUGCCAAACACUACACAAAAACGUCCAUGGAUUGUGAUCAACUUCUCUGUGCUGGAAGAUCGGACUGUUGGCUGCGUUUCUCUCCUUCAUAAUUUCACCCUUCAUUCAACACUCGGAUCCUUGACACCACGGUGGUGGCCUGCAGUUCUACAGUUCCCAAGCUUGGGGAAAUCGCUAACCAGAGACGACACGUAACGGGACACUGAUCUCAUCACACAUUGCCGCAUUACAGUUGUGCAUCUGGGUUGGAGAGUGAGGCGGGCUUGGUUUGCGGGCGUUGCUCCGCAGAGCCGUCCGAUGACUGUCUGAAUCAUCACAACCCACGAAUGACAGACGUGCAUUCGAGGGUGGGGCCCGCCUCAGUCUCACAUGAUUGGCCGCUGGAUGGAAAUAAGGUGAAUGGAACACAUGCCCAAGGAGCAAGACUCAAACCAAUCAGAGGGAGAAGAGAAACGGUGGCUCGAUGGCCCGAAAAGGAAAAGAAAAAACAGCCAGUGUUCGAUGAAGAGCAUGUCUGGGUACAUCCCCAGCUACUUGGAGAAGGAUGAGCCGUGUGUGGUGUGUGGGGACAAAGCUACUGGCUAUCACUACCGCUGUAUUACCUGUGAGGGUUGCAAGGGGUUUUUCAGGCGCACCAUCCAGAAGAACCUCCAUCCCUCUUACUCCUGUAAAUACGAUGGCUGCUGCAUCAUCGACAAGAUCACCCGCAAUCAGUGCCAGCUGUGUCGCUUUAAGAAAUGCAUCGCCGUGGGCAUGGCAAUGGAUCAACAAGGAAAAUCAAGAAGCCUGUUUCCUUUUUUGUUUUACAUACUUGGUUCUGGACGACAGCAAACGGGUAGCAAAGAGACGUCUGAUUGAAGAGAAUCGAGAGAAGAGGAAGAAGGAGGAGAUAGUGAAGUCUUUGCAAACUCGACCAGAACCAACCAGCUCGGAGUGGGAGUUGAUUCGCAUGGUGACAGAAGCUCACCGUCACACCAAUGCACAGGGCUCUCACUGGAAACAAAAGCGCAAGUUCUUGCCGGAGGACAUUGGACAAUCUCCAGUGGCCCCUACAUCAGAUGGGGACAAAGUGGAUCUAGAAGCCUUUAGCGAAUUUACCAAGAUCAUCACGCCGGCCAUCACGCGCGUUGUCGACUUUGCCAAAAAACUGCCCAUGUUUUCGGAGCUGCCUUGUGAGGAUCAGAUCAUUUUGCUGAAGGGCUGUUGCAUGGAGAUCAUGUCCUUACGUGCUGCAGUACGGUAUGACCCUGAAAGUGAGACCCUGACACUUAGCGGAGAGAUGGCUGUCAAAAGAGAGCAGCUAAAGAAUGGAGGGCUGGGCGUGGUAUCUGAUGCCAUCUUCGACCUGGGCAAGAGCCUGGCUCAGUUCAACCUGGAUGACACAGAGGUGGCCCUUCUGCAGGCUGUGCUGCUCAUGAGCUCAGAUCGCACAGGCCUGACAUGCAUGGAGAAGAUCGAGAAGUGUCAGGAGAUGUACCUUCUGGCGUUCGAACACUACAUCAACUAUCGCAAGCACAACAUUCCUCAUUUCUGGCCCAAGCUGCUGAUGAAGGUGACGGACCUGCGCAUGAUCGGAGCCUGCCACGCCAGUCGCUUCCUGCACAUGAAGGUGGAAUGCCCCACUGAACUCUUCCCACCUCUUUUCCUGGAGGUCUUUGAGGAUCAGGAAGUGUGAGGUUCCCAGGCUGGAGAAUCAGGAACGUUUUUUCGAAACCGUGUUUCUCACCCCUUCUCACACCCCUCAACGCACCAAACCCACCACCAGCAGCUGCAUUGGCAGGGGUCAUCACUGGAACGGCUUUCAUACGGAGGUUAUAGCCGACAGCUUUUUAUACAGAAUACUCAGCCCUCCCCGUCUACAAAACUCCCAACGCUUGGCCCUUCUGUCUGUGUAUAAUGUCUUAUACAGGUUUACCAACACCUUAGACACAUGAACAUACAGAUUUGUACACACACAAACACACUCGGGUUAGGCUUACAGGUGCAGUACUUGAUUAUGUACAUUACAUGUAUAGACACCGCACUACUGUCACCAUCUCAGAAUGGCUCUGUGGGUCAGAGCUGUACUGGAGGAGUACGUCUGUGCCCUCGGCUGAGACUGGAGGGCGAGGGCUUUCCUGGUGUCGCAGCUGUCAGAUUCCUCUCACCAGUCUGUGAAGUGGUCAGUUAAUUUCAGUCACAUAAAUCUCAGCGUCUCGUGAGGUUACGGUGUAUACCCGACCGGCAUCUUUGCGUCGUAGAUACUUCGAGUUCCACCUUAACGUGGAGCUUCCUUAACGGACCUCAUUAUUCUCUUGCGCGUUCAGCAGGAGGAGAUUUCUGAACCAAAUCAGGUGCUAUAUUUAACUAAAGCUUCUCAUAAUGAUUUGGGACCUUUAGAGAACACGCCCUCCCUCCGUUAGCUGUAGGACGCAGACCGCUUGAAAGCUCGGGGCUCAUAAAUGCUGCGAGUGGUUCUUUUCUGCCAUUGUGUGGGUUUUCACGCUGGCCCAUUCUGAAUGAUAAAUGAGCUCUUCUGUGCUCCGAGAAAGUCUCGCUGUGAUACCGAAAGAUCGGAGACCCCUGAGCGCCGUUGAUGUGCAUCUGAAUCGCACUGAUUUGUAUGUUUUACAGGUGUCGGCAGGGAGUCAGUAUUACCAUCCUCUCGAACCCAGCACACGCAUACAAUUAUAUUCAAACACACCUCGAAACUCGAAUGCCUCAUUUUUACUGUACGCACUGCAGCGUUGUCGUCCGGACCGCCAUGCGGGGCUUUGGUGGUCCGGUCCAGCCCCUCUGUGCGCUACUCAGAUGCUACUGUUGCCCAGUCUGUGUAAACACUCCUGACGGGCCCUGGUGGACUGGCUGUUGUUGUUUUUUUUUUUUUUUUCGUUUGUUUGUUCGAUUUUGUUUUACCUCAAAUGUGAGCACACAUCCAGCUGGCUGCGGAUCUGAGACUGCCUCUGUGCUGACAGGUUCUACCUCACCUCUGAACACAGGGCAGCUAGCCUCAGCCUCCUCUCUUUUACACAUAUACACACACCUAAACGUACAUAUAAUCUCACACACGGACAGCCAUACAAAACGCAGGAGGAAAGAAACACACACAGACUUGGUUUCGAAAAACCACUGAAGACAGGAGGGCCCGCCAUUCCUUAUUGUAGCCUGUCAGAUUCCUCCAAUUUUUUUUUUUUUGAGUCGGGCUGAGAGGAAAUUUCUGUAUUUUGUUGUUUCUUUGCGUGUGGGACCAAGCGUUGCUUUAAAAGUCAAGCUUAAAACGGACGCUAAUUUUCGGCUGGCUCGACCCAUAAAAGCCGCUGAGGAGCUGCGGAGAGAACUACAGUGUGAGAAGAUGAAUGACCCGUUUAUCGAUGGGUCAAUCACUGUUGAUUUUUUACUUUCUCAAAACCAAGUAGUUGGCGAAAACAAGUCAAAAAGUUGAGCAAGGGGUCCUCUGGUUUCUUUAAGGUGGCGGAGAGAGCCAAUCAUAGGAGGGGCUGGGGAGGUGGGACAACUAGCAUUUGAUAAAGAGCACUUAGCUUUGAAAGAGGCCAUUCAAAUCUUCACAAGGCACUUUCUGAAGCCCAUCUCCCUCCGAGGAGUUUUUGCACUAAGGCAUGAUGGGUCCCUCCCCCCUCGCUCUUACAUUCACACAGCAGCUCAGUUGCGUGUAAAGCAUGCACUCUUUUCAAUGCCACGCCCCUAUCCUCUCUGUCAAACAGAGGCCACACCUCCAUGUGCUCUUUAGCACACCUUCAGAGUCAGUAUUAAGCCAACCAAAAUCCAAGUUGUUUUCUUUUUACCAAUAAACACGCCAGGUAUGGGCCGUACGACAGUCGCAAACACACACCUUUGUGUCCCCGCCCCUUCAAAGCCUGCAGUGGCUUAAGAUGAUCACCAAACAGAAACGGACCUUUCCCUUGUAAGACAGGGGAGCAGCCGUAGCCAUGCAAAGAAUGGCAGCACCGCAUGAAUGUGAACGAGGAUUGAAAGAGUAGUUCGCUCUAUAAUGGGAGGUUGCAAAGCAAAUGAGACAGCCAAUCAGGGGCUGCGAUGACAUCACAGUCAGCGGAAAGAGAAGGAAACUGAAAUCGGAAUAAAUUUGUGUCCAUCGGAAAUGACUGUGAUGGUCUUAAUCAUCUAGAGAAGGACGAACAAACCUUGUGUAGACUUACCGUCAGGAGGAAGGCAGCAUUCGGAAAAUGCCGAAAUUAGGAAUGCUGUGAUGUCCGAGGUUCUGAUUGGCUGAUAGCAGGAGGGUUGAUGCUGCUUUACCUUCUAAUUUUAUUCGAAAGAAAGUGUAACAAGAUAUAAUAAAAUAAUUGCAAACCCUGAAAACAAAUUAAUGAAAAGAAAUGACUCCAGAACAAAGUUAAAAUCUCGGAGCUUAUUAAGCUGUUUGUUUUUCUUUUCGUUUUUAACUAAAAAUGUGUUUGUUUGUUUGUUUUUGAUGCUUAACUGCUCUAUGUAAGAGAGAAAACAACAGCCGUAGUCACUUUUUUGACCAUGCGUGCAGUGUAAACUAGACGAAAUUUCACCUCUUUUUCACCUCACUAUAGUUUGUAUUGAUAAAUCAACUGCUCUGUUUGUCUGUGUAUCUGUCCUUUGUCCGUCUUUUUAUCAAGAGGAAUUUACAACGAGAAACAGGAAUAUUUUCUUUUUUAUAUUUUGUUUUCUUUUUUAUGAAAGAAGACUAGUAACAUGAACAGAAACUGAAAAUACAAAAAAAAGAGAAAGAAAAAAACUGAAACACAAUCUAUUCAUACCUCACACAACACAACUCUUAAAUGAACUUGGGAGGAGUUUGUCUCUGUAUGGCACUCGUGUCCGAGUGCAUCCAUUGUGUUGAACCGUACGAUGGGGUGUGUGAUGAUCGCAGACGCACGUGGCUUCCUCCUUCAGCCUUCAAAGCCAAAU